UCUCCGGCUGGGCUGCGCUGAGGCUGAGCAGGGCCAGGCCAGGCUGGGGUUGUGUGAGCAGUGGGAGCAUUCUUCCAAGGUAAUGAUUAAGCUGAGUGCCUGGUAGGGGCACGGGCUGAGAGCCGGGAAGGUGAGUCCUAUUCACACCUCGGCCAGGCUGUGGUGGCCAGGACUGGUUAGGGAAGGCAGGGCCCCAAUGCGCAGGGGCCUGAGCCAGCAGCCGCAGCCUCCUGCCUGCACAAGGGCGGCUCGGAGCAUCUCAGGGUUGGGGCCUUUGCUGUCUGACCUGCCAGGACUUUGUCCUCACCCCCGGCACCAUGAAGCUCCAAGUGUUCUGGACUGGGCUGGAAUAUACCUGCCGGCUCCUGGGCAUCACCACUGCUGCAGUGUUGAUCGGCGUGGGCACUGAGACCUUCCUCCGGGGGCAGUUCAAAAGCCUGGCUUUCUAUCUGCUGUUUACAGGAGCUGCUGUCGCCAUAUGCGAAGGGGCUUACUUUGUGGCUCAGCUGCUGGCCAUCUGCUUCCAGUGUCAACCAGGGUCCCUGGCAGACAGAGCAAGGGAGAAGGCCCACUGGCUGGGCUGCUUCCAGAAGUUCCUGGCCUACCUGCUGCUGUCAGUGGCCUGCUUCCUGCACCCGGUCCUGGUCUGGCAUGUGACCAUCCCAGGCUCCAUGCUCAUCAUCACCGGCCUGGCCUACUUCCUUCUGAGCAAGAGGAAGAAGAGGAAAGCUGCCCCCGAGGUGCUGGCCUCCCCAGAGCAGUACACAGACCCCUCCAGCAGCGCUGUGAGCACCACUGGCUCUGGGGACACAGAGCAAACCUACACCUUCCAUGGAGCCCUCAAGGAGGGGCCCAGCUCCCUCUUCAUCCACAUGAAGAGCAUCCUGAAGGGGACCAAGAAAUCCAGUGCCCUCCAGCCUCCCAACACCCUGAUGGAGCUGAGCCUGGAGCCAGCCGACUCCCUGGCCAAGAAAAAGCAGGUGCACUUUGAAGACAACGUGGUCCGCAUCGUCCCCUCCCUCGCCGAAGGUCUGGAUGAUGAGGACAGCGAGCCAGAGGAGACCACCUCGGACACAACACCCAUCAUCCCCCCUCCCCAGGCCCCACUCUUCCUGUCAUCUCUUACAGCCACUGGCCUGUUCUGAGCCUUGCUUCAGCCUGGAGGACACUCAGUGAGGGGUCUACCUAACUCGAUGGCCCCCUCUGGAGUUUCAGCAUCUUCUGAGGUCAGCUUCUCAAGGGUAACCAGACACCCCCAUGCUGGCUGAGCCCCUGAGGCCAUCAGGAGGUGUGACAGGCCAGCAUUUCUGCAGAAGCCUCAAGGGAGGCACGAACAAGGCUCACGCCACCUCAAGCCAGCAGAAGCUCCUUCCUCCUGGCCACAGGUGGGGAAACCCUUGUGCUUCCCCAGUGAAACCAUCCCUCCCACUGCACAUGAGGCUGCAGGUGCUACUGCCUCAGCCCAGAAGAGCCAGAGGAUGUCUACCCAGGAAACGCCUCUGGGCUUUCCUUACUCCUGACCCAGGGACCAGCACUCCAUGAGGAACCUAUGGUCCGCCCAUCUCUGAAGGCCCAGGGAAGCAUCAGCAACUUAAGCGUCUCUAAGACAGGAGAAGGUGGCCAUGGGUCUUGACCAUUCAAGACUGCUCAGGGCCAGGAAGAGAGGCUACAAGCCUCUGGUGGGAGCAGCCGGCCAUUAGCCGCAUUCUCUGCAUGCUCUAGGGCUGGGCCUGAGCGACUCAGGGAAACAAUACCACUCUGUGCUCACUGUGGGAACGCCAGACCAGAUGAGCAAAGCUCAUUCCAGAAGCAUGGCCGGGGGCUCCCUGCCUCCCCACCACAUGGCCUUUCCAAGAUUCCAAGCAGAUGACGCAAACCGAAAGCCACUAAAAGCCUAUGGCAGUUCCCAGCAGUGAGUGCCAGGGCCCAGGACGCAGUGCCCGCUGUGUGCAGGACCACAGAGGCUGCCCAGAGGUCACACAGCACAGAGAAGUGGCAUCCUUAAGUGCCUGGUAGCAGAAUAGGUGAUAAAUAUAAACGUCUUCAAAAUGGAAGAAAGCGAGGCGAGGAAGAGGCGGGAAAACGGGAGAACAGGAGGAAGGUGGGCAGGCAGGCAAGUUCUCUGCCAUGGAACUUUGCCACAGCAGUGACAGUUAACCCAGAAGAAACCAAGGCAGUUGAGUCAAAUUUUCCUUUGUAAACUGUAAAGGAUUUGCAGUAUAGAUUUUCCUUCUGAAAAUUGCCAUUGGGUCCACGAGGUUGUUGCCAAGAAGAGCAGACACCAUUCUUCACGGCAGCUGCAGUGACGGAACAGUCAGGAGGAAGAGUCCUGUGACUUCCCAGUCCCCGUGGGGCCUGACGCCAGGCUCCAUAAAGCGAGCCUUAGAGCGCACGCUCCACAGUCUAAUGCGAAACCUGUGUUUGUGCUUGCACGCUUUUCAACGUUCCCUACAAGUUAUUUUACAAAGGUAUGAAAACAAUGGCCAACCAGAAGCUAGUAUCAGUUUGGUGCCUAAGUGCAGCAGGUGUUCCAGAUAAGCAGAUAAGCAGAGCGCUUCCUGUGGUAACCUAGGUCAGGAGUCUCCAGUCAGAUGACAAAUGGCUAAUCAAGACAUUCCUGCGAGCCUUCGAUGGCGAGAGCAGCAGAGCUGCUUCUACAGCUGCCAUCAAGGCAGGACCUCAGGAUCUGACCAUCCACAGUCAGGGAAGAGGGAACAAUAUGCGACAUGGGUAUGGGUAGGCGGUAGGCAAGGAUUGCGCCCUGUGGCUGAUGGGCCAUGUGUCCCAGGCAGGUCCCUGUGCACAGAAAGAGUCUAAGUGGAGUGGAGCCAGGCAUCUUCCCCCUGUCGUGUGUGGAAGGGGAAUGCGAUGGCCACAGACAUCCUCCCGGCACGGUCAUGGCCAGCCUCUGACGUUCCUGUGCAUCAGAGCACUCUUUCCUCAGAGCCCCAGCCAGCAGAGCUGGAUGGCCAGGUUGCAAGAAGCAAACCAGAAAGUCUGAUGUCAAAGCUGUCAGAUCCUGUUUAAUAAACACUUCUGUAAACCCAA